UUUGAACUUCAAGACACAGACUACGUCCCCAACGAAAACAUCGGAUCCGGUGCAUACGGUGUCGUCUGGUCGGCCACUAAUAAACUUACAAACCAGACGGUAGCCAUUAAAAAAAUCUCAGACAUUUUCAUCCAACCCACGAUAGCGGUGCGAACCUAUAGGGAGAUUAAAAUCCUCCGUCACUUCAAACACGAAAACAUCAUCUCCAUUCGAGAUAUCAUCUGCCAGAGAUCGAAAUCUGGCAGAAUCCAAGAUGUCUACAUAGUUUUUGACCUGAUGGAGUCAGAUCUUCAUAAAAUAAUUUACUCCAGGCAGAUUUUAACAGAGGAGCAUGUAAAGUACUUUCUAUACCAGAUAGCCUGUGGCCUUAUGUUCAUCCAUUCAGCAAAUGUUAUUCAUAGAGACCUAAAGCCUAGUAACUUACUUGUCAAUGAAAACUGCACUCUGAAGAUUGGUGAUUUUGGUCACAACGGUUGUAUCAGUGGCAGAAACAAUAAGCUAACACACUAUGUGGCCACUAGGUGGUACAGGGCACCAGAACUAUUACUUCAGUUUCCAUCCUACUCUUAUUCAGUUGAUCUAUGGUCUGUUGGCUGCAUACUAGCUGAACUCAUUUACAGGAAAACAUUGUUUGCUGGCAAAGACAUGAUGAACCAGUUGGAACUAAUCUUCACAUGCAUACAUUUGAAAACUAAAAACUUCCAUUUAUUGGCACCAGCUGAAAAAGUCAAACUUUUCUUGAAAAAAACACCAACAACAACAGCUGCAACAACAACAACAACUAACUCAGUAGCAACACCUCAAUCUCUUGCGCUAAUCGAGAAAUUGCUUCAACUCGAUUCAGCGAAACGAAUGACUUGUGAGGAGCUUGUAAAUGAUCCAUACUUUAGUUCAUAUCACCAUGAAAAU